CGGUAGCGCCUGCGCAGAACUCUUCCUCUUUCCCUAUCCCAGAAUGCUGUGUGUCGCCCAAGAUGGCGUCACCCAUGGAGUGAGGCGGAAGCAAGUCAGAGGAGGGCCGGUUUGCAGCGACGAUGGGGCCAAGAUGGCGCCUUGUGGUGGCUACGCUUGUGGGGCUCCUCGCUCCACCUCUUCGAUCGGCUGCGGUGGCUUUGGAGAGCGAUGGGAAAACGACAGUGAACGUGUCCAAGGCCCCUCCGUGCGGACAGACCGAGGACUUUGUGGUAGCCCAGCCGUGUUCUCCGUGCUCCAGUUUCGAGGCGAGAAGGAACCCCGAGUGCCGUGCGACCGGCUUCAUUGAGCACCUCAGCUGCGGCGGGAAGCAGGAAACCAGGAGCUGUCGCUCCGUCGAGAUGGAGGCCCACGCUUUUUGGAAGUUCGAGGGAGCCAUGAUCGGCAUGGCUGCCCUCUUUGCCCUGAUGGUGGUCUUCCGGCAGCGGAUGCUGGACCGGAAGGCCCUGGAGAAAGUCCGCAAGCAAAUCGAGUCCAUCUAGCCACGCUGGCGUCUCUCAUCGCAGAAGGUGGCAAAGGAGCGGUGUGGACUCCUCGAAGGUGAAAGGGAUUUUCUUCCUCCUUGGCCGGAGUUCCUUCUCUGGCCACUGGGGUGCGCUGUUCCACAUUCACAGGGACUCCAAAGUUUUUACUGGCGCUUGGAGGGUGUAUGAGAACAGAUGCCCCAGUCCUGGAUGCCCAAACAGAGGACUGCGGUUGUUCCCAUUUCCACCCCUCCACGCCGGGUGACUGUAAUCCACCACGAAACUGGUCUGGUGCAUGCUGGGCUAGGAACGCCGGCCCUUCUCCGCUGUACACCUGUCGCUAUUUAUUAAACCAAAGCCACAGAGGGAUCUCACGGCCCUG